AUUAAAAGGGUAUUUCUGAUUUCAUUGUUACGGUUCUGUUUGCGGUUUGUAAUUUGUGUGUAAAAAAAUGACAAAAUUCAGGAAGCUAAACCGGCCAACCGGUCACCGGAUGUCCAUGCUCAGAACAAUGGUUUCCCAGUUAGUGAAGCACGAACGUAUUGAAACCACUGUUGCCAAGGCAAAAGAAAUUCGGCGACUUGCCGAUAAUAUGGUACAGCUUGGGAAAGAGGGAACACUUUGUGCUGCAAGGCGCGCUGGGGCUUUUGUUAGAGGGGAUGAUGUAAUUCACAAGCUUUUUACAGAACUAGCUUACCGUUACAAAGAUAGAGCAGGUGGCUACACAAGACUGCUUCGGACACGUAUAAGAGUUGGUGAUGCGGCACCAAUGGCAUACAUUGAGUUUAUUGAUAGAGAAAAUGAGCUUAGGAAGUCAAAACCACCAGCAUCUCAACCUCCACAGAGAGAUCCUUUGGAUCCAUGGACACGAUCUCGGCUUAGCAAACAGUUUGCACCUCCUAAAGAAGAAAAGCCUUCUGAGCCUGAGAUUUGAAGUACAAGUCAUUCGAAGCUCCUUUUUGCAGGAUUGAGUUUCUUCAAAGUUAUCAGCUUAUACAUCUACACCGGUCAAACUUGUCUAUACCAGUGUGUGUGGAAUUUCCUGGUGUAGCAAUCUCAUAAAUAACUAAUGAUUUCCGCCCUUCUGCGAGAACAUUAUGAUUCAUUCACGGAUCAAGACAUGCCUUCCCUCUUACAUGUCAGGUGCAUUUUCUCGAAGGUGAAUGUCUUCCUGAUUGUUUUAGAUUUAUUUUGAGCAUUGCUUUAUUUAUAUUUUUGUCUAAUUAAGUCGCUUUACCAGCUUAGGAAAAAAACUUAAAUCUGCUAACAGGGAUUUUGGCAGCAAGCACUUAUACUAGUUUUGACUCAGAAUGAAACAUAAAUUUUGAAAGAGAUUGCUUGUAAGAAAAUAAUUAUUGUGUUGCUUGUUACUUGUCUA